AUGGAUUCUUAUGAUCAAUUCAAUUUGACGGGACACCCACCACCAAGUUCAUUUGAAUAUGAUAAUUCAUUUGAUCAAUUUACAAAUACGUUUGAUAGACAGCAGCAACAGCAGCAUCAACACAAUGUGAUGAAUGUUAUGCAAACAGAACCAGCCCCUACUACAAGCACUACAACCACUGCAGCUGGUAAUAAUACCUCUUCCUCUUCUACAAGAACACCAUCUCCAUCUUCUUCAUCGAGUCCUUCAUCUCCAAACGAUGAUUCUCAUCAUACAAACGAAACAAAAAAGGAAAAGAAACACAAGGAAAAGGAUGAUAAAAUGGAGAAACAAAAAACUAGAAGAACGAAUCAAAAUGUUGCCAGUAGAAAUUAUAGACAAAGAAAAAAGGUUUACAUUAAAGAAAUGGAAGAUAAGAUUAAUCAAUUAACAUUGGAAAAUGAUACAUUAAAAAGAGAUUUGGGUAAAAUUGGAGCCAACCCAACAGAGUUGAUGAGAAUUCCACAAGAAAUGGUUUAUUUAAUGACAAAUAUUAGAAGAAUUGUUAUUCAAUUGGACCAAGCAUUACGUACUGAUCAAUGUGAUGCAACUAUCAAAUCAAUAUUAAAUACUUGGCAUCUAAGUAUGGAUCAAGCAUCAGCUUUAAAUGAAAAGGAAAUUGAAAGAUUUGUUCAUCCACAUACACAAAUUAAAUUAACAAUGAUGGGAUAUAAACCACUUGGAAAUCCAUGGAGUGAUUUUGUAAUGCUUUCAAGUCAUAUUGAAUGGUGGGCAAAGUAUACAGAGAGAGCAGAACUUACACAAGAUCAAUCAGAGCAGAUUGAUACGCUGUGGAACAAGUUUUCAGAUGAUGAAGCCAAUUUGAAGCGUGAAAUGUCAGAACUUGAUGAGAAAAUAAAAAAGUUCUACAUGUCCAAGGUCAUUAUUUUGCCAACUAGCGAUCAGCUCAACUCUCGCGCCCGAUAUGACACUCCCGUAGAUGACGGUUUCGAACCAAACGACACUGAGAUGACAGACAUUUUGGAAUUCACUUACAAUCUUGAGCGACUCAAGCAAAAGUUUAUAAAGAUGGGACGGUUAAUGUGGGACACGAGUAAGCUCAUGUCCAAGUUCUUGACGCCGCGUCAAGAGGCGAUUCUUUUGGUACUCGUUCACUCGGACACCAAAUAUGUACAUUCAAACAUGGAGAUGGCAAAUAAUCUUUGGAACCAAUUGAACCAUGCCAAUUACAACAAGCUCUCGAAUCAUAUCCAAAAGGCAUACCAUCAACACCAACUUUCAGAGGCAGCCAACAACAACAACAACAACAACAAUAAUAAUAAUAAUGAUAAUAGUUUUUCGUCACCAUCAUCGUCGCUAUCUUUAUUGUCGACUAGAGGUAAAUUACCUUCCCCAACCAGUAGCAACAGUAGCAGUACGACACUGCCAACCCUAGUAAAACCAAUCUCUUCAGUUGUUCCCAAUUUAUCAUCUCCAUCUCCACCAAAUCAGUCACCACCACAGCCACCUCUACAACAACAACAACAACAACAGCAACAACAACAACAACAACAACAACAGAUCCAACAACAAAUCCAACAAUUACAGCAACAAAUGAAUGCCCCAAUGUCUUCAUAUCACAACAACUCUAAUCUUUCUGUAUAUUCUCAACAUUCAUCUUUUAGAGUUUCUUCUCCUCCAUCUUCCACCAACCUUACAUUUAAUUCUUCAAACACUCCCGCCACCCCAGUCCCCAUCACUAAUCCAACCAUUAAUAAUACUACAUCACCUACUGCCACACCAAAUUUUAACAGUCAGUCAUAUUUAAAUCAACAAAGUAAUACUACCACCAACAAUAAUCCUUCUACAAAUAAUCAUCACCCCAAUUAUAGUACAAUAGAUUUAUUAAAUGCUUAUCCAUUACCAACCACCACCACCAACAACAAUAAUCAGAGCGGCAAUCAACUCAAUUCAUCAAAAAUGAAUGGUUCCAACAAUGGAGAUUUAAAUCAAUACCAAUUUCAUUUCUACCAUCCAUUAUAA